AUGUCAUUUGGCACGGGAUUCGGAGGAACAACUUCGACGCCCGCUCCUACAUUCAGCUUCGGUGCUACAGCUUCUACUACGGCGACACCAGUAAAACCAGGGUUUGGAACACCAUCUUUUGGAUUUAGUACACCAGCUACCUCAGCACCAAGUCUGUUUGGUUCUGCUUCAACUCCAGCAACAGGAGGAUUUGGAAGUGGUACUACUUUUGGAACACCAGCUGCAACUGGUUUCGGUAACACAUCGACAAGUGGUUUUGCUUCAGCACCUACCUUCGGUGCUACUUCUACCACUGGUUUUGGAACAGCUCCAGUAUUUGGAAGUACAACUGCUUCGUCAGGCACUGCAUUUGGCACUACUUCUACUUUUGGUAGCACACCAGCCUCUACUAGUGCAUUUGGUACAUUUGGGACCACUACAACAUCCUCUUUAGGCUUUGGUGGUUUCGGUGGAUUUGGAACUACGACAACUACCUCUGCACCUUCUUUUUUUGGAGGGUUUGGCACUACAAGUACAGCUCCAACUUUUGGUACUUCUACAGGUUUUGGCGCUUUUGGGACAAAACCAACAACUACAACUACAACUAGUGGUUUUGGUGGUUUUGGUACAGGCACAGGAUUUACAGGAUUCGGAUCUGGUUUAGCACAAAAUCAGCAACAGUUCCAACAACAGCAGCAACCACAACAACCCGUUAAUACUAUAUCUGAAGCAUUAUACAAUGCCGUAUUUAAUUGUCAACUGUAUAAUGAUGAACGUGAUAAUAUUAUCGCGAGAUGGAAUCUUAUACAAGCUUUGUGGGGAACUGGGAAAGCUUACUAUUAUAUGAAUGCACCACCUAUAGAGCUUAAUCAAGAAAAUCCAUUAUGUAGAUUCAAAGCUAUUGGAUACAGCAGAAUGCCCGAGGCUGAUAAUAACGACGGUCUAGUCGUACUUUGUUUCAAUAAAAAGAAAAAAGAUGUUAAAGAGGGUGAAGCGCAAUUGAUCGGUUUUAUGAAUAACGUUUUAGGAAAUAAACCUAAUUUAUCGCUUAUAAUAGACAACAUUAAAGCAACUGGGGAAGACAAAAGUCAAGUGACUAUUUUUGUCACUGAAAAGGGAAUUACUGGAGCUCCUAGGAAAAUACCUGCCAAUGAGUUAGUUGCGUAUUUAUCGCAACCAAUGCAAAAACAACAAUUAGUGCAAAAUGGCGUGGAAGAUAUGUUACCUUUAGUUAAACUAGAUCCUGCACAGCUUAAGGAAUAUUUAGACAAUCCGCCUUGCUCGAUCGAUCCGCGAUUAUGGAAGCAGGCUCAACUGGAUAAUCCCAAUCCAGAACUUUAUAUUCCUGUACCAAUGAUUGGUUUCCAACAAGUUAAACAUAGAUUAAAAUGUCAGGGAGAGGAAACGACAAGGCACAGAAAUUUCCUAGAUAUGGCGGCUGAUGAAAUACAAAAAUUACAGAGACAACAUUCGGCAAUACAAGCUAGAUUAAAGGAGCAUCGUAGAACUUUGUUAGAACUUCAACAUAGGGUAUUACAGGUGUUAGUACGCCAAGAAAUUACACGUAAAGUUGGGUUGUCGUUGCAACCGGAGGAAGAAGUUUUAACACGUAGGUUCGAAUCUAUGCACUCCCAAGUUAGUGCUCCAACUCAAUUCAAAGGUAGAAUUAGCGAAAUGCUUUCUCAAUUGAGAAUGAGAAAUCAUAUAGACACACAAAAUCAGGAAAGAUAUGCGAUGGAUCCCAUAGCACAGGAUGACAUAAAAGCGUAUCUAACAAUGGAACAACAAGGCAUGGCACAACUUAUAGCAACAAUAAACUCCGAUCUAGAAAGUUUGAAAAUUAUUAAAGAUGGCAUGUCUGAACUAUUAAUGAGUCAUAAUAUAUCCAAAGCAAUUUGCUGUAUUGUUGUUAACGUAAGUGAUAUUGUCACUGAUGAUAUGGUUGCAAGACCUCAAUAUGCAACUAACAACAAAGAUUUUGCACCUCCAUUAUAAAAAUAGAUUCUCUGAAGAGGAUCAGAGGUCAAAACGCUCGAUCCCAGGACGACCUCAAAAAUAAUGUUAGAACACCAGGCACGGUCGGUCGUUUAAGUCGUACUUUAACUUUUUCAAAAUCAAAAACAUAUAUCAAUCUUUGUAGAGAAAAUGUAUGCCUGCAGAAAUCCUGAGCGUUCAAAUUUUACCCCUUGCAAAGCUAAUUUCAUUACUACCUGAUAUUACUUAUUGAUUGUUAAAUCCAAUGGAAGAUCCUGCUCCAUCUCUACUACGUUCUCGUUUUUAACUCGUAGAUCUUGUCCGCAGGUGUUCGUGUCCACGAUGUUUCCCCACAUAUUCUGCAGCCCGUACUGCAGAUCCACCGUGCCCAGCAGGUGUCUGAACAGUGGAUUCUGCGUUUUGAGGAUCAAAUCCGACAGAAUUUUCGUUUUCUCCAAGAUGUUGUCGUUAUUGUGUACGCAGCAUUUGUGACGACAACAGCAGUCGGUGGUGUCUUUGCAGAUAUCUUCCUUGGCCGGUAUUUGCUCCACCUCCAUUUUCAAAUCUUCCGCUCGCUUUAUCACAGAAUGUCUCACUGGGUCGCAAAUGAUGACGUUUUCUUUUUUGCAGGGUGUGCUGUUGAUAAUUGA